AUGAUCGAUCCAAGAACAUCAUCUGGAAAUCCAGUGGCCAAACUACCUUUCGGAGGCGUUACUGGAAUUACAUUCGGUGGCAAAGAACGUUCUUUCGGCGUGGAAAUAAGUGGAAUUGCUGCACCUGAAGUCGGUCUUGGAGUGGCAGCCAUUUGGGACGAUUGCACGCAAAGUGUCUAUUAUGUGGAUUUUCUCUCAACUGGGCAGGCACCAUCUAUCUUCCGAUAUGAUUAUAACGAAGACAAAGUAUAUUUCGCUUAUAUUCUAGGUCAAUCGGGUCCAUCGUUUAUUUUACCAAUCAAAGAGUGCAAUAAAUACAAAAAUUUAUUUGCCGUUGGUUUGAACCACUAUAUGGCUGUCAUUGAAUGGGACGGAAAAUCACCAGUUGCUACGGUUAAGGGCAAUGUUUUCAGUGUUGAAGAAAGCGAUCCAACGAGCCGUAUUUGUGUUGGCCGACAAGGAGAAAAAGGGCGCUUCUACGGUGGGAUGGUCAACAACUUCUGUGGCGGCCCAUCAAAUUCUUCAUUUUAUAUGUACUCUAAAGAGAAAGGCCUACGACUUCUUUUUACCGGCCCACAAGUUACAACUGGCGUAGCAUUCGACGAAGAUAGUGGCUACGUUUAUCAUAUCGGCUCUUGCAAACUACUCAUCACCGCUUUUCAAGGAGACGCAAACGGAGAUAUUUGCAAUGGUCGUGCAUUAUUUGACUUUCAUAGCUUGGGCUACAAGGCCCCUGACACCAGUCCAAUUGGAUUAGAAGCAGAUGCUGAUGGCUUUUUAUACACUGCUCUCUAUUCAGAUGGGUCGAUUUGGAAAAUUGAUCCAAGAACUUCAAGUGGCAAUCCAAUCGCUCAAAUGCCAUUCAACUUAGUUGGUUCUGUUACCUUUGGCGGACCAAAAAGAGACAUUUUAUUUGUACCCGUUGGAACCGCCAAUAUCGACCUAAUAUCUGGCCAAAUUAUAGGACGUAACUCGCCGCGAACAUCAUUGUACAAAAUAAGAGAAUUAGGAGCAAAAGGUCGUAAAUAUUCACGGUUCAUUGUUUAG